GCCAGUUGGAUGCAGAACGCCUCGACAACCGAGCAAAACACAUACUAGUAUAUCCGUGGAAUCGAGCUAAAAUAUAUGCGAAGACAACGACGAUGUGGCUGCUGAAGACGCGAGCGGGAUCGAACGUUAGAGCGGGACAGUCAAUUGUUUGGGCUGAUUGUGCUUAAUGAAGUGUCGGAUAUGUCAUGAGCAGCUACAAUAAACAAGCCAUCGCAGUUUGCAGUUCGCAGUUCGUGUUCGAUGCAGAUGCAUCUCUAAGAUACAUAAAAUAUGGCCGGUGAAAAAAGAGUGAAAAGUGAAAAGUGACAGUGAGCAAGAGCCAGCUGAACUAUGUAGGCCCAGAUCACCGAAAAAAGAACUGGUAGCAAUCGUACACAUAUCCCGAAUCGACCCACGUGCCGAAGGAAAUGAGCCAGAACCUCCAAGUGAGCUACACCGCUUUGGGCAUGUCGGACGAUAAUCAAACCUGCAGCUACUCGAUGCCCUCGGUGGCGUCGCCCACCCACACCAACCACCGCCUGCAGCGCAAUGUCAACUUCAACGAGGACCUGGCCGGCUAUCCCCCCAGCAGCUGCCCCGCCCCGGCGGUCCGGCGCUUCUCCAAGUCCAUCUUCCAGCGGCCGCGCUCCAUGUCCGUGUGGAGCGACAUCAGUCGCAGCAGCAUGCGUCUCGAUGAAAGAGUUCGUGUGGAGUACUAUGUGAACGAAAACACAUUCAAAGAAAGACUGCAACUCUAUUUCAUUAAGAAUCAGCGUUCAAGCCUGCGCAUACGAAUCGCCGAUUUAUUCCUUAAGUUACUGUCGUGUGUUCUCUACAUAAUACGUGUGAUAUUGGAUAACGAUCCAACAUUUAUUACAUGCUAUGGCUGCGAAGUGGGCAAUAAGACGGAGUUCAUCAUCUCGGGCAAGCUAACGGAGGAGGCGUUCCAGGAGAACCCCAUCAUCAACUGGGACGCCAUUCUCUGGGUGAAUCGACCGACUGUGCUCUGGGUCCUUCAGCUUCUUCUAGCCAUGGUGUCGCUAACGCAAUCCUUGGUUCUCACAUAUCUAGGCUAUAAGGGCAACAUCUGGCAGCAGAUACUCUCAUUUCACUUUAUACUAGAAUUAGUAACGACAAUACCCUUUGCACUUACGAUUGUUCAUCCUCCGCUGCGGAAUCUUUUUAUUCCCAUUUUCCUCAACUGCUGGCUGGCCAAGCGAUCGCUGGAGAAUAUGUUUAAUGACCUCCAUCGAGCAAUGCAAAAGUCACAGUCGGCGCUUUCCCAGCAGUUGACCAUCUUAUCAGCCACAUUAAUCUGUCUAGUUUUCACAAGCGUUUGUGGCAUCCAGCACUUCCAGCGCGCUGGUCAUCGGCAUUUGAACCUCUUUCAGAGCACUUACUAUGUGGUUGUGACCUUCUCCACGGUGGGAUACGGUGACUUGGUGCCGGACAUUUGGCCAUCGCAGCUCUAUAUGGUCAUCAUGAUUUGUGUCGCCCUCAUUGUGCUGCCCACGCAGUUUGAGCAGCUGGCCUUCACGUGGAUGGAGCGUCAAAAACUGGGGGGCAGCUACAGCUCACAUCGGGCCCAAAGUGAAAAGCACGUGGUGGUUUGCUCCACCACCCUGCACGCGGAUACCAUAAUGGACUUCCUCAACGAGUUCUACGCCCAUCCACUCCUGCAGGACUUCUACGUGGUGCUGCUCAGCCCAAUGGAGCUGGACACGACGAUGCGGAUGAUCCUGCAGGUGCCCAUUUGGGCGCAGCGUGUCAUCUACAUUCAGGGCUCCUGUCUGAAGGACGGCGACUUGGCAAGAGCACGAAUGAACGAGGCAGAGGCGUGUUUUAUCCUGGCGGCCAGAAAUUAUGCGGACAAAACGGCCGCCGACGAGCACACAAUUCUGCGUUCCUGGGCCGUCAAGGAUUUUGCACCGAAUGUGCCGCAGUAUGUGCAGAUUUUCAGGCCCGAGCACAAGCUGCAUGUGAAGUUUGCCGAGCACGUGGUCUGCGAGGACGAGUUCAAGUACGCCCUUCUGGCCAACAACUGCACCUGUCCCGGCGCCAGCACUCUGGUCACCCUGCUCCUCCACACCUCUCGCGGCCAGGAGGGCCAGCAGAGUCCGGAGGAGUGGCAUCGGCUGUACGGCAAGUGUUCCGGAAACGAGAUCUACCACAUUGUCCUCGGCGACAGUCGAUUUUUCGGCGAGUACGAGGGCAAGAGCUUCACCUACGCCAGCUUUCACUCGCAUCGCAAAUACGGAGUGGCUUUGGUGGGCGUGCGUCCGGCGGAGCUGCCGGAAUUCUACGAGGAAACCAUUCUGCUGAAUCCGGGACCCAGGCACAUUAUGAAAAAGGAUGACACGUGCUAUUACAUGAGCAUCACCAAGGAGGAGAAUUCCGCAUUUGUCGUUAAUCAAAAUCAAACAUCGGACCCAGCGGCAGCUGGCAAGGAGGCGGGUGGCGCGGGGGGCGGGGCAGGACCCUCCUCGUCCGCCUCCCCCCACCCCGCAAUCGCAACUGCAAAUCCAACAAUAACAACAACAACAGUACAAGCAACAAUAACAACAACAACAACAACAAUUAGCACCACCUUCACAUCAUCAACAUUACUAUCAGCAUCAACAACAACAGCAACAAUAAAUGCAACCUCAACCGCCGCAGCCGCACCACCACCAGUGCCGUCUGUUUGUGUGCGUGUGCCCCACAGUCCCAGUUACGAUAGUGGUGGUGGCACCACCGGCACCACCCACUUGCAACCGUAUCCGCAUUCGUAUCCGCAAUCGCAUCCGCCAAUGCAAACUCCAGACAGUGGCGAGUUUGCAUCACUAUUUGUGCCCAGCGAUAAUCCGACGGCUGUGAUAAUCUCGGACUCCCGGCAGAACCUCAAGGACACGACGGUGACCCAGACGGCGGCGACGAUAACCACGACCACCUUGCCCCCGCCCCCGCAAAUGGGAUCCCCCAGCAUGGCCGGCGGAUCGGGGGGCGGUGGCCUUGGACUGGGGAGUGCCCACAGCAUGGGCACCUCGCUGAGCAUCACCCCCGCCACGCUGACCACCACGGGCAACCACCUGGACGUGCCCUUCGCUAACAACCCCAACCUGCUCAGUCCGGAUGUGCUCAACCAGCGGAGGGGCAGUAGACGUCCUUCGAUCCUGCCCGUGCCCGAUAUGUUCACCUCCUCCUCGUUCAGCAUCGCCGGCAAUGACGAUGGCGAGGAGGGGGACGAGAGUGACGAUGAGAUCGACGACGAGAUGCCCUGGCGUUCGCCGUCCGAGAAGAUUGCCAUCGUCAAGGGUUUUCCGCCGGUGUCACCUUUUAUAGGAGUGAGUCCCACACUUUGUUACCUGCUCAAGGAGAAGAAGCCCCUCUGCUGUCUGCAGCUGGCUCAGGUCUGCGAACACUGCAGCUAUCGGAAUGCCAAGGAGUACCAGUGGCAGAACAAGACGAUUAUCCUGGCAGCGGACUACGCCUCCAACGGCAUCUACAACUUCAUCAUCCCGCUGAGGGCUCACUUUCGGUCGAAGACCUCGCUGAACCCCAUCAUCCUGCUCCUGGAGCGACGACCAGACGUGGCUUUCCUGGAUGCCCUUUCCUACUUUCCAUUGGUGUACUGGAUGCUGGGCUCUAUUGAUUGCCUGGAUGACCUUUUGAGAGCUGGCAUCACGUUGGCCGAAAGUGUGGUGGUGGUCAACAAAGAGCUCUCCAAUUCGGCAGAGGAGGACUCCCUUUCCGAUUGUAACACCAUUGUGGCUGUGCAGAAUAUGUUCAAAUUCUUUCCCAGCAUCAAGAGCAUCACGGAGCUCUCCCAAAGUUCCAACAUGAGGUUCAUGCAGUUCCGGGCCCACGACAAGUACGCCCUGCACCUGAGCAAGAUGGAGAAGCGCGAGAAGGAGCGCGGGUCGCACAUCUCGUACAUGUUCCGGUUGCCCUUCGCCGCGGGAGCGGUGUUCAGUGCCUCCAUGCUGGACACCCUGUUGUACCAGGCCUUUGUGAAGGACUAUGUGAUUACCUUUGUGCGUCUGCUCCUCGGAAUUGACCAGGCGCCGGGCAGUGGCUUCCUCACCUCGAUGCGCAUCACCAAGGACGACAUGUGGAUACGCACGUAUGGGCGACUGUACCAGAAGCUCUGCUCGACGACCUGCGAAAUACCAAUCGGCAUUUACCGCACGCAGGACACCUCGAAUGCGGACACGUCUCAUGUGAGUAACUCGCCGGUCGAGCGAUGGGGACCCUUCUCGGCCUUCAGCAGGCAUUGUGUGCGGUUGCGUCCAUCGUACGACGAGGAGACCGGCACGCCCGACUCGACGAAGGACUCGACGGAAAUGCUGCGCGGGGUCACCUACCGCCCGCCGGGGUCGGCAACAGGUGGCGCCAGCAGCUUCCGCCCGCAGACGCAGCGCCAGCGGUCCGUCAAUUGCCUCGGCGGUUGUUCGGAGCGCAAGGGAUCAUCCUAUUCCAUCAAUCUGGCCGACGAGGCGAGGGACAACCACGCCCAGCAAAUUGAGCGAGCCGAGAUCGCGAACCUCGUGAGGAGUCGGAUGGAGUCCCUCAAUCUGCCCACCAUCGACUACGACGACGUCAGCGAGAAGCGGAACCACCUCUCCUAUGUGAUAAUCAACCCGAGCUGUGAUCUCAAACUGGAGGAGGGCGAUCUCAUAUACUUGGUGAGGCCGUCGCCGUUCUCGGCGCAAAAGACGUUCGAGCGGCACAACUCGCGCCGCAAGUCGAACAUAUCGUUCUGCUCGAACAUCAACUUGGGCGCCACGUGCGGCCCCCAGAUGCCGCAGAUGAACCUGAACAUGAACAUGGCCAACACCGCCGUCGGGGCUGGAUCGCGCCGGGGAUCGGGCAUCGCCGGCUUGAACCCGAUGCAGAUGCAGAGCGUCCAGACCUUGGCCGGGUAUGGAUCAUCCUCGCAGCGCUGUAGCCCCCCGAUGCAGCAAAUUAAAUCGAAUUCUCUUUCUCUACCCGACAGUCCGACGGUGGUUGGCAAUCAGCGCGGACGGAGUAACUCAUUGCGGAUCGACAACGAUAUCCUGCUGCGUCGAUCCUCGUCCCUGCGACAGGGCCUUCCCAGCGUGGGCGUCAGCCACGGCCGGAGAAAGUCGUCGCUGGAGGAGAUCGGCAUAAGUCACUUCACCACAUUGAUGCAGGCCACGAACCAUAGUAAUCCCAUUAAGAUCUCUCUCAAUGGCAGCAUAGGAAUGGAGAACCAAAUAUCCUUGCAGGUUACCCCGCCCGAGGAACCCACACCCAUGUUGGGUGUUCCCUGCGUGGUUGGUGGCGGCGGUGGUGGUGGCAUCAAUCCCUCUGGAGCGGGUUCCUCCACCGGCGGCAUGCUGGGAGCCAGCUCCUCGCUGGCCAUCAACACGGCGGACUUGGGACCAGGACCCAGCACCUCCUCCGGAGCCAGUGGCUCGCUGCAGGCACAGGACUCCCUCGGCCAGCAGUCCUCGUCGCAGGUCAACUCUCCGCAGCAUCUGCAGGGAACGAUCGUAUGAUACAACCUGAUGUGGGGGCGCCGACUCCGCUCCUCCAUGUCGAAAAACAAGUGGAUAUAGAACACGGCCGGCACACACAGACACACCCGUAGAGAUAAGUUCGAUCCGGAGCGAAAGUAUUAGGAGCCUCAACCAAACAACAACCGAGAACAACCAAAAAACCCACCCACCCCAAAAAAAAGGCUGUCUGUGGUGUGUGUUCCCCCAACUUAAACCAAUUCGAGUCCCAGUUUAGUUAGUAGUUCACUAGAUGGAGGCGCGUGCUUAUCGGUUUAUCCCUAGGGAUCGUAGAUAUAUAUAAAUAUAUUGUACAUUGCAAGUUUUGCAAUUAGUUUUAAGCUUUGAUUAUGUCGGCUUUGCACAAAAGAAAGCCGCGGCAAAUUGUGUUUUGGGAACAACAGAUGUAGUUAAACUAUUGGUUAGGUGGCAGGACGAAGAUUUAGCAAACUGUAUAACUGAAGCUGUAUAUAUCCGAUGAAGGCUAGAUGUAAGCAAAUUCGAUCCGAGGAGCCGGACGUAGCAAACUAUCAAAUAGAUCGGGCCUAAACGCUUAAACCCCUGUAAAUACCUUAGGUAUGACCACUUGGCUGGGCUUUUAGCUCGGCUCAGCUUCCCCUUCGCUCGGAAGGACCUUCCCCUGUGACCCACGAAACCCCCAUAUAGAUCAUAUAUGAAGGUGCUAUCGAUGUCUUGUACUAUACACACUCACACACAAACUCAGAUCAACCACUAGAAAUGUUUUACACAAUUGUAGGAAAAAAGGAAGAUGAUGAGGAGGGAGGAGAAACAAAAAACCAAGAAAGUGAAAAGGUUUUCAUAACAUAAAUUGGAACGGGCUUUGGUAUACUCUAAUGCUUUACAAAAUCAACAGAAAUAUGUAUACAUAUAUGUUAAAAUAAAUCAAAGAAUUUGUACAUAGACUACUUAAGUAAGAACCAACCAUGCAUUCAAGUAAAACAAAAAACAAAACGAAACAAACUACUAGAACCUAAUGAGAAAACUUAAAUCGAAAGACAACAGAAUCUAGGACAUAGUUUAUAGUUAACUAAUUAAGGCUAGUUCUGACCGAGGAUCGAGUGUCGAAUCGGCAACUGUACCAAAUUCAAUGAGCUAACACAACCCAGUAGCAUAACGCAACCCACGUCCUAUUAACUCAAUUCGAUCCCAGCUAUAGACUAUAGACUCUAUAGGAAGUAGCCAAGCAAACAAUGUACCUACACAACCACAACCACAUACCAACAUUCACACUCACCUAAAAACGUUAGUUAAACGCACUUAAAGCAGUUUUAUAAGGGAAUUUUAGUCAACGACGACGAUGAAAUGCAUUCCAGUGUCUCGAAAAGAAUACCUAGUUAAGCUUUUGCCCAGCACCCCGGAAACCUAUUUAUAUAGAUCUGUAUACCUAUGUAUCUGUAUAUCUGCGUCUACCACAUAGAUCGAAUCGAUGUCUCAAUGUACAAAAGUAGAUUACCAUACCAAACCGCAACUGGCAUUGGCUGCAGCAUUAGAGGUACUCGUACAUUUAGUGUGGACUAGGGUAUAAACUUGCUGUAAUAUUUAUCGGAUCCGUGCUCUUUAAGGCAUGCCGAACAGAACUCACAAUAAACUCAAACUAUAGUUGGAAAUUA